AUGUCCAAGUUAAAAUGGGUUCUUAGAAAGCUCGAGGUCGAGAACGAGCCUGGCCUUAGCAAUGCGCAGUUAAUGUUGACCAACACUGAUCUCCGGCCAGUGGACCCUGAGCGCCGCCAAUGGAGGUGGCUGAACUAUAUCGCCUUCUGGAUUGCCGAUUCAUUGAACAUUAACACAUGGAUGAUCUCCUCGUCAAUGAUCGUCGACGGUCUCUCCUGGUGGCAAUCCUGGCUCUGCGUCUGGGUGGGAUACCUCGUGGCUGCAGCAUUCGUCUGUCUAACAGGUCGCAUCGGAGCCGUGUACCACAUUUCUUUCCCAGUCACUGCGCGCGCCUCAUUCGGAAUCUGGGGUUCUUUCUGGCCCGUCUUGAACAGAGUGGUUAUGGCAAUUAUCUGGUAUGGAGUACAAAGUUAUAUCGGAGGCGAGUGCGUCACCCUAAUGAUCGAAGCAAUCUGGCCCAGCUACCGAAAUCUGCACAAUAGCCUCUCAGCCAGCGCAGGCGUCGACACAAAGAACUUCCUUAGUUUCUUCCUCUUCUGGCUGCUCUCCCUCCCAGCCCUAUGGUUCCCAGUCCACAAAGUGCGCCACCUCUUCACCGUUAAAGCGAUCUACUCCCCCAUCGCGGCAAUCGCCUUCUUCGGCUGGGCCAUCUCCCGCGCCAACGGCCUCGGCCCAAUCAUCCACCAGCCCAACACCGUCCACGGCACCGAGUUCCGCUGGGCAAUGGUCAAGGGGAUCAUGUCUUGUAUCGGUAACUUCGCCGCGCUGAUCAUGAAUGAUCCUGAUUUCUCGCGUUUUGCGCGUACACCCAAGGAUGCACUUUGGUCUCAGCUUUUUACUAUCCCUAUUGGAUUUGGUGUUACUUCAUUCAUCGGAAUUAUCGUCUCGUCUUCGUCGUCGGUUAUCUUCAAUGAUGGUUAUACCUGGAACCCACUCGACCUCCUGGGUAAAUUUCUCGACGGUGCCAGUUCCGGUCAGCGAUUCGGUAUCUUCGUCAUCGCUACUGGGUUCGCCCUCGCACAGCUGGGAACGAAUAUCUCGGCUAACUCCGUGUCCGCUGGAACGGAUUUGACUGCUCUCAUGCCGAGAUACCUGAAUAUUCGUCGCGGAAGUUAUAUCUGUGCCGCUGUUGGUCUGGCUAUGUGCCCAUGGAACCUAGUCUCAACCUCAAACAACUUCACAACCUACCUCUCAGCCUACUCCCUCUUCCUAUCCGCAAUCGCAGGCGUGAUGAUCUGCGACUAUUACAUCGUCCGAAAAGGCUACCUAAACAUCAGAGCCCUCUACAGCGCCCGCAAAAUAGACGCAUACUACUACGACUUUGGUUUCAGCUGGCGUGCGUAUGCCGCAUAUCUGAGCGGUAUUAUGGUGAAUAUUGUCGGCUUUGCUGGUGCUGUUGGACGGGACGUUCCUGUUGGCGCGCAGUAUAUCUAUAACGUUAAUUAUUUCUCCGGUGUAAUUGUUUCGGGUGUUGUUUAUUUCGGGCUUACCUGGUUUUGGCCUGUUGCUGAGACUAGUGACCGCUGGAAUGAGGUUGAUGUUGAUGAGGUUCUCGGGCUUGAUGUUGAUUAUGGACGGGAUCCCGAGGAUCUUGAGGGGAUGGGUGGUGAGAGGGAUGGAGAUUUGAAAGGGGAUCAGAAGGUUAGGGCUUCUUCUUAUAAGAUUUGA